AUGUCAUCGAGUUUAUCGACAAACUCUGGGUAUAUUAAGCAAACAUCUUGGCCUGCUGCGGAAUUUCCUUCGUAUUUGUCGGCCUCUGUUUUUAUAUUUGACGAACCAAACCGAAACCUGACCCUAGUACGAGGGGAAACCAAGUCCUUAUGGCAAACUCGGAGGCCAGAACAAGCAGAUACAACCCACAAGGAAUUCAGUAUCAGGCGUUUCAGAGGGCCCGACACUCGUCGCGGAUUUACCAACACCCUCUGUCAUGGCAUGAACGAUGCCGGGAUCCGUGUUUUCAUGGAUGAUGAAGAGCUUCGACCUGGAGAAAGAAUCAGUGAAGAACUUCUGCAAGCAAUCGACAACUCAAAGAUCUACAUGCCUAUCUUCUCCAAGAACUACGCUUCGAGUCAUUGGUGCCUCCGUGAGCUUGCGAAGAUGGUGGAGAACACCUCUGAACCUAAAAAAGAUGGAAAUAAGAAGGUGAUAAUUCCCAUCUUCUACGAUGUGAAACCCGAUGACGUGAAGCUGAAAACGGCCUUGUACAGCGAGGCCAUAUUGAAUUUGGAGCAACAGAAGAAGAGCAAGUUCAGCCCAGAGGAAGUAGAGAAGUGGAGACGGGCUCUCAGGGAAGUCGAUGACACCAAGGGAUGGGAGCUGCAGAACUAUCAAGGACAUGGGGAACUUGUCAAGUUGGUUGUUGACGAGGUUAUGUAUAAGCUUAAGUCGAGACAAAGAAAAGUGACUGAUGAUUUGGUUGGGAUCAAUGAUCGCUUAUCGGCCAUAAACACUUUAUUAGACAUCAACUCCGGUGGCGUGCGGCUUGUUGGAAUUUAUGGCAUGGGUGGUAUUGGGAAAACCACUCUUGCCAAGAUGAUCUUCAACCAUCUUGUUACUUUGGAAAGUACAGCAGUUUCCUUGAUGACAGUGGCUUGCAACAUCGACAGAACUGAUUAUGGAAUGAACACGAUUGGAGAAAUACUUGGCAAUAAAAAGGUGCUCAUUGUUCUCGAUGACGUCGACGAGAGCGAGCAAAUCGAGGAUCUAAUUGGGAAGAAUUCUCUGUAUCCUGGAACUAGGAUACUUGUUACCACUAGGAAAAGAAGGGUUUUGAAAAUUAAAGGAUUUAAGUAUGAAAUCCUAUCUUAUGAAAUGGAGGCAUUGAAUGAUGAUGACGCACUUCAGCUUUUCUCUAGGCAUGCAUUUGGCAGAGACUCUCCUCUAAAUCCUUACUACAGUCUUUCAAAAGACAUCGUCUCUACCAUGGGAGGGUUGCCUCUAGCUCUUCAAGUAAUAGGUGCAUUGCUUUCUCAUCACGAAGAGAGAAAAUACUGGGAAGAAACAUUGGACAAAUUAAGGAGAACGCCUCAUAGGGAUGUCUUGGGAAAGUUGAGGAUCAGUUAUGAUGCCAUAGAUAGUGAUGAACAACAGAUAUUUCUUGAUAUUGCAUGCUUUCUCAUCAAUGAGGAGAAGAUUAACCCAAUUUACGUGUGGAAAGAUUGUGACUUUAGCCCCCGACAUAGUAUUGAUGUCCUCAUCAACAUGUCCAUGAUAAAGCUUUUAGAUGGUAGUAAGUUUUGGAUGCAUGAUCAAUUUAGAGAUCUUGGAAGGGCGAUUGUUCGUCAAGAAAAUCUAAAGCACCCAAUCAAGCGAAGUAGGGUUUGGAAUGAUGAUGAUGCCCUUAACAUAUUGAGAUCAACAGAGAGUAAGGAAAAUGUUCAAGCACUCAAACUGCAAGGAGAAAUUUGGGAAGAUGCUCGUGUUAUCGUUACUCCUGAUGAGCUUAGACGCUUUCAACAUCUGUGGUUCCUUUGGUUAAAAGAUGUAUCCUGCAAGGGGGACUUUACAGGUUGUCUUUCAGAAUUGAAAUGGAUUCGUUGGCGUUACUUGGAUUAUCCUUCUUGGCUAACUCCUCAAGUUUUUAAAGCAACCAAUUUGUGUCUAGAGAAUCUAGUUGUGGCAGAGCUUUCAGGAGAUCAAAUCACAGAUGGUUUGGUGGAAAGCCUAAUCAAGGAGGGAAAGAAAUUGAAAGUUCUCACUCUUGAACAUAGUUUGGGCAUAACUAGAACACCUAGUUUUCCUGAAUGCUCAACUUUAGAAAGAUUGACUCUUCAACAUUGUGCUCAUUUGGUAAAAAUUGAUCGCUCCAUUGGGAAUCUAAGGUGCCUCAUUCACUUGAAUAUUAACUCGUGCAAGAAACUUCAAGAUUUGCCUGAGAAAAUUGGAGAUCUACUAAAUCUUCAAUACUUCUCUGUAAGGGACUGUUCCAGCUUGAGUGAAUUUCCUGACUCUGUUUCGCAAUUAACAUUGUUGAUGAAGCUGGAUGUAUCGUCCACGAUGAUUACGAGAUUACCUGAUUCUAUUGGUAGACUAACACGUUUGGUAACUCUCAAGAUCUCAUCCACGCCGAUUGCCGGACUUCCAAACUCCAUCAAUGAUUUACAGAGUCUUUUGUCUUUCCAUGUAAGUCACAAUGUGAUUGAGGAACGCCCCACCUUCAUGGAAAACUUACAAUUUUUACGAGUAUUCAAAUUGUUAGGUGGGGGUCAUUUUGCAGCACGAUGGGAGUUACCUAGCAUCAUUGGAAGGUUAAGGAAUCUAGAAGAGUUAUACGCGGAUUAUUUUCCAGAGCUAGAGGGUGAAGUUCCUCCUGAAAUUGGAGAAUUGUCCUUGCUAAGAAUCUUAAGCUUAAAGCAUACUCGGAUUGUUAGGGUGCCCGGGACUAUCAGCAAGCUUCGUCGCCUCCAAACACUGGACUUAGAAGGUUGUGAUGAGAUUCAAGAGUUGCCGGGGCUUCCCGACAGUUUAAUCAUUGUGCGUCUGAAAUCCAAGUCUCUGCAGAUAGUCCCUAACAUCUCAAACCUUACCAAUUUAGUUGAAUUGCUCCUAUAUGAUGGCUCUGAAAAUGGGAACCCUUCAAAUAUAGUUCAAACUUGUGACGUACAGUGGAUCGGGAAGCUAUCCAAACUGAAAAAGUUGGAAUUGUGCAUUUUAAAUGUCCCCUCACUGCCUACAAAGCUGAGUUCUCUUCCUUUGCUCAGCCAGCUUACUUUAACUGGACUGGACCUGCAAAUCGUCAGGAAACUUCCAUCUUCUCUGCUGGAGUUGGAACUGAAAAAUGUCAAUUCAAUAGAUUCACUGUCGUCGAACUUGAAAAAUUUGAUAGAAUUGAGGCUCUUUGCCACUCGAGUGAAUGAAAUGCAUCUCGAUGGCCUUCCGCAGUUGGAAAGGUUGACCGUGUCGGAGUGCGAACUCCUUGAGAGAUUGUGCACUGUGUCAACCAUAGCGAAACUGAAAGAAGCCGAGGUAUCUUCUUGUGCAGGGCUAGUUGAAAUUCGAUUUCUCAGUGCAUUGGAAUCUUUGGAGAAGCUUUCAGUCGAAAAGUGCUAUUCUAUGAGAAGGCUAGGCGGUUUAUCAAACUUGAAAAACCUGAAGGAUUUAAAAAUCCAGGAAAUCCCCGAGCUACAAGUCAUCGAGGGCCUUGAUGAAUGGAGACGACGUGCCACAAGCUGGAGACAUACAAGGUCCGACACCUCAGGAGAAAUGAGUUUUGUCCCCCCAACCGGAUUGUUCGGAGAGACUCACGACAUGUUUCUCAAGCAUAUUAGACGGUAUCUGCAAGCUUUUCUAGUUUGUUAA